UCUGUCCCUAUCUUUCAAAUAAACCUGGCGCAUGUUUCAAACUCUCACCUCCUUUCCAUUCAGUGAACGAUAAUCUAGCCCUGCGUUUUGGGAAGGUAAACAUACUUUAAAACAAUAACAAAAUAUAAACAUAUUUAUAGUUGAAAAAAAAAAUACAUUGCCUUCAUUCUAUUAGUUCCAUUCAACGCAGUGUACGUGUAGGUACUCCUGCACCUGCAAUAAGCUGAGUCGACAUUUCUGGAGUACCACAAGUUCCUGCAGAUAGUUCUGAUACAUCGCUGACAGUCUGUCAUGUUUGGCCUGCAGAUCAACUGUUUAAGUUAUAAACAUGGGGAGCAAGUUUGGUAACUCUGCACAGCUUCAAUGAUGAACGUCCAGUUUGUGAUUGUCUCCCCUGAGGGGGGGACAGAAGUCACCACUGCAGAGCACAGUCUGAUGAAUGCCGAGGAUGUUCAGAAUCUGAUGAUACUCGCCCAGACGAGCACCGAUGACAAAGGCCAACCAAUGGAAACAGUUGAGCUGAUCACAGAGGAACAGCUGUUGGGUGAGACAGCAGCAGUGGCCGGGGAUGCGCAGUUCAGUUUGGAUGGUGUCUCGCAUGGUGAAGUGGUGCCCCAGUGUUUGGUGCAAAACAAUGCCAUCAUAACAGAGGGUAUAAUGGCACCGCCUGAAACCGUCGAUGUGACAAAGACCAGUGUAACUCAAACACAGGGCGCCGGCGGCACUGGAACCAAAAAAAAGAAACGCUAUUCAUCAGAGAAGACCUUUCGCUGCGAAACUUGUGGGAAGAUGUUUCCAAGCUCUAGCAACCUGACUAGGCAUAUCCGGAUCCACACAGGUGAGAAGCCAUAUAAGUGCGAGUUUUGUGGCAAUAGCUAUGCGCAAAUCGACCAUCUUAAGCGACACGAAGGUUUGCACACAGGCAACAUGGCAUACCAGUGUAGUGUGUGCGACAAGAAAUACCAGGAAAAAUUCCGUCUGGUGAUUCACAUGCGGACCCACACGGGAGAGAGACCAUUCCAGUGUACGCUGUGUAAAAAGGGCUUUACUACAGCUCGCGCCCUGACCAAACACAAACGCUGGCAUACAGGAGAGAGGAAUUACGAAUGCGAGUUUUGUCUCAAGCGUUUUGUCGAUUACGCAGGUCUGUCGACUCAUCGAAAGAUUCACACGGGUGACCGGCCUCACAAGUGUAAGUUUUGUGGCCGCUCUUUUAUCGCACGCAAAGACUUGAUCAGCCAUGAACGUCUCCACACUGGAGAUUUACCAUUCCAGUGCGAGACUUGUGAGAAAAAAUUUCCACGCAAGACUGCUUUGGUCCAGCAUAUGAAGACUCACUCUGAUUUCCGACCGUUUGAGUGUCGAUUUUGCCAUAAGACUUUCCGUCAGAAGCCGUCACUGCGCAACCACAUUCUGAUCCACACAGAUGAAUGGCCAUAUGAGUGCGACUUUUGCUUCAAACUGUUCCGGCGCAAAGACAGCAUGGAAACGCAUCGCAGUAAACACUCCGACAAAGACUCACCCCCAGGAUUGUAUAAAUGCCCGACAUGUUUCCGCAUGUUAAAAUCAAAGCGAGCACUGAUGACCCAUCAGAGGAAGCAUGUAAGGAGCAAAGCAGCACGCAGCACUUCAACGUCCACGCAAGCGAACCCCGGCCAGAGUAACCGUGAAUGGCUGAACCAAGCUCUUCAUGAUUAUGCGAACCUCGAUGAUGGGAAGCCGGACGACUCCGAUUCAGAUUUGGAGGACAUCGAUGCCCGAAAUGCCUCAACUCAAACCAGUGAUAUUGAUAGACUCACAAGCCAGGUCACGAAGAUGGGGACUAAUGCUGUGGAUGAAGUGGAAGAUCAGGGUUUCCCAAACAGGAGUGAAAGUUACAUUGCUAUGGACCUUAUGCCAAAUGUUCCAAGGCGUCAAGAACGAAGAAAGUCUGUAUGAAAUUCUUCAGUGUGAUCCAAAUUGAAUGAACCAGUUCUUGCAAUUUGAUAGAAGCCGUAAAUAGAAGACCAUUCCAUCUGGAUUUCACAUAUGGUCGUCAUGGUUUUGUUUUCACGUUUUUUACAGUGAAAAGAGAAAUGCCAAAAAAUUUGAGGUUCUACAGUGAACUUUUUGGGCCUGAAUGAAUAGACUAAAGCACAGCAAUAUCACAGAUUUUUUUUCCCUGCCAAACACACAUAUAUUGUUAGACAUGUACUUUCUUAUGAAAUACAGACAUAAAUGUACAUGCAGUACUGCACGUUGUAUUUCCACAUUAAUUACAGGUACUCAUGUAUUUAUUAAACAAAGUUCAACAUGUAUAUUUCGGAUUUUCGGUAUAACGUUCAGUAGCAAUUAAAACGUAUUUAGCAUCUGAAAUCGUUGACUUCUCUCCGUCUGAGCUUGUCAGAAAAGUCCACAGAAGAACCUCAAACUUUAUUCAUGUUUAAUUGCAUUUCAUUCACUGCAACACAAACAUGUAAAAAAAAUAAUAUGAAAACUAUAUAAGGAGCCUUCUGGAUUUAUUUGUAGCUGGCCUGAUGUUAUGGUCCUGAAUAAAGUUUUCAACUUCCUUCACAAGAAAACAGAUGUCGGUUCAUACGUCAUGUGCCAGAUUCAUUUGAGACUUUUCACUUAAAAGGAAACUUGAAGUGUUUGGUCUAAUCGUUUUGGUAAGGCUGACUUAAAUUAGGUCUGCUCUUACUCUUACUCUGACAGUUGUUUUUUUGAAGAAGACAAAUUUCCUUCUUGGGACUGCUGCAGAAUUUAAAAAUGAAUAUUGGAAUAUUUAACAGAGUAUUUUCCGUUACAUUACUUUUGUGCUUGUUGUUUUGACUGCUGUAGGUGAAUAUUUUGUGGAAUAGAUACAUGUAAUUUGCUUGAUUGAUGCUUGAAAAUACCCAGAUGACCAUUUCAGUGUUCCAUUUAUGCCUUUUAUUGAAGAUAUUUUCUUGUGAAGGUCAGAUAUUGACUAGAUGCACUUUUGAAAUGAUGCUGUGCUCUGAAGACGAUAUAUUGGCUGCAUACAUAUAGAUACCCUAAAUGACCUAAAAAUUCGACCACAAUAACAUUUUUGGAGGCAAAUAAUUGUCGUGAGAUCUUACUUCUGGUGUUAAAAUGUACAUUUUCCAACCUUCCAAACAUCUCUCAAAGCACCUUUCUAAAAUCAGUAAAACUCCCAGAAUCUGGGAAAAUGAGCAACUUAUAGGUUAUUUAGGGUACUCUCUUCAUUCGAAUUAUCCUUUGAAUUUCUCAAUUUUGCUUCACUAGUUUCUCAUUU